CCCGAUGAAAAAUUUCCCCUCCCUCUUUCGUCUAGAGGACAAGGCAUAAAAGGCCGCUCAUUCCCCCCGGAGAAUGAGAUCUUUCUGAAUCAGGCAUCUGCAUCCUUCUUCUUGACUCCCAAACAAAUCAUAUCUUCCCUAAAAGGGUGAUUGAGUUCAACCCUUCUAUACCUUCACGGGUUCGACAUCUCCCUAUCGUCCGCUCCUUUGGGCUCGAUCUCACUGAUCAUUACUCUCUUCGACAAGAUCAAAACAAUCCCCGCAGCCUGCACCCUUCUCCACCAUGGGUGUUGAAUCCUCUGCCAGCCAUGGGGAGCACAUCACCCCUGCUGUCGCUCCCCAACAACAGUCUAGCCAAGAAUCGCUUGGCUACGACAAGCCGAUGGAGAUGGGCGUGGACACCCCCGUCCCUCGGGUCACGCUGCGCUCCUUCGUCCUGACCAUGUUCGUCUCCAUGGGAGGUCUUCUCUUCGGUUAUGAUACCGGCCAGAUCGCCGGUUUCGAGCAGGAGGAUGAUUACCUUCGACGGUACGGUAUGCAGAAGGCGGAUGGUACCUGGUAUCUCAGCAAUGUGCGCUCCGGUCUGUUGACCAGUCUGUUGUCUAUCGGUACCUUGAUUGGUGCCCUGGUUGCUGCCCCCAUCGCCAACCGCAUUGGUCGCAAGUGGUCGAUCACCGUCUGGUGUGUCAUCCUUAUCAUCGGCCUCAUUGUGCAGAUCACGGCUCCCUCGGGUAACUGGGUCCAAAUGGUCAUGGGCCGUUGGACCACUGGUCUGGGUGUCGGAGGCUGCUCCCUCCUGGUGCCCAUGUACCAGGGUGAGAGUGCGCCUCGCCACAUCCGUGGUGCCAUGAUCAGUUGUUACCAGCUGUUCGUCACUCUGGGUAUCUUCCUGGCCUACCUGAUCAACCUGGGAACGCACAACCUCGAUGGCACCGCUCAGUGGCGCAUUACCCUUGGUAUCACCUUCGUGUUUGCCCUCGCCCUCGGUGCCGGUAUGGCCUUCUUCCCCGAAUCUCCUCGCUUUGCCUACCGUCACGGCCGCAUCGAGGAGGCUCGCAAUACCAUGUCCAAGCUCUAUGGUGUCCCGGAGAACCACCGCGUUAUUAUCAAUGAACUGGAUGAGAUCCGGGCUCAGCUCGAGGCCGAGAACGUUAGCCAGAAGUGGCACGAGUUCAUCACUGCCCCCCGCAUGUUCUACCGCAUCGUCCUGGGUAUGGUCCUGCAGGCGCUCCAGCAGCUGACCGGUGCCAACUAUUUCUUCUACUAUGGUACUACUAUCUUCAAGGGUGCUGGUAUCUCCGACAGCUUCAUCACUCAGGUGAUUCUCGGUGCUGUCAACUUCGGAACCACCUUCGGUGGCUUGUACAUCGUUGAGAACUUCGGUCGCCGCAAGUCUCUGAUGGUGGGUGCUGGAUUCAUGUUCGUGUGCUUCAUGAUCUUCGCUUCCAUCGGCCACUUCAUGCUCGAUGUGCAAAACCCCGAGAACACCCCCGAGGUUGGUAAGGGUAUGAUCGUGGUUACUUGUUUCUUCAUUGCUGCUUACGCUAUGACUUGGGGUCCCAUGGUCUGGGCCAUCGUUGCCGAGCUCUACCCCGGCAAGUACCGUGCCCAGGGUAUGGCUCUGGCCACCGCCUCCAACUGGCUCUGGAACUUCCUGAUCGGUUUCUUCACCCCCUUCAUCACCGGUGCCAUCGACUUUGCCUACGGCUACGUCUUCGCUGGCUGUCUGCUGGUUGCUGUCUUCGUGAUCUACUUCUUUGUGAUUGAGGGCAAGGGCCGCACCCUGGAGGAGCUGGACUGGAUGUACGUCAACAAGGUCAAGCCCUGGAAGAGCAGCAGCUUCGAGAUGCCGACCCUCCACUCGGCCGAGUACUUCCAGGAGGAGGAGCGUCACCGCAAGGAGUCCCGCUCCUACCACGCGGAGAAUGCUGCUUAAGUUGAAAGCGUGGAA